AUGGCCGACGUAGAAAUGGCGGAUGCAUCUGCAUCUGCGGAAUCCAAGCCCAAGGCUGUGGUCAAAGGCUCAAAGUCCGGUACUACUGAAGGAGGAGACGCAAAGAAGAGAUUUGAAGUUAAGAAGUGGAAUGCUGUCGCUCUCUGGGCAUGGGAUAUCGUUGUUGAUAACUGCGCGAUUUGCCGAAACCACAUCAUGGACCUUUGUAUUGAGUGUCAAGCGAAUCAAGGUGCGGCCACAACAGAAGAAUGCACUGUCGCGUGGGGAAUUUGCAAUCAUGCCUUUCAUUUCCACUGUAUCUCACGCUGGCUGAAGACAAGACAAGUCUGCCCUCUCGACAACAGAGACUGGGAAUUUCAAAAAUACGGUCGUUGA